GGCACACCAGGUGCUGCUCGGGAUGCUCCAGCCCUGAGGUCAUCCUCCAAAGCAGCGCGGGGCCGCCGCGAGCAUCCCGGCUGUCUGGGGUGGGAGGCACGGGCUCAGGACCUGCGGGUUAACGCGCACCAUGGCCCAGCUCCGUCCAGCCUCCGGACCACCGCUGAGGGCUCUGCGCACCUCAGGUCCCCCCAGCCCAGCGUGGGGGUCCCGGGCAGCCGGCUGGGUGGGCCGUGGGUUGCUUUAAGAGCGCGCAGGAGGUGAGCCAGGGGCACCAGAAAGCAGCAGGGUGAGCUCAUGGCUAAGCUGCCCCAGUCAUGUGGAGCAGGCACAGCUGUCGGUGCCCUUGGGCAGCGGGACGAGGGGCCGGCAGCAUAAAGCCCCACCGCCAGCGGAGCCGCCGGCAGCGCCGGGAGCCAGCGCCUGCGGUGCUGGAGAGGAGGAGGAGAGGCUGCAUCCUGCCAGGGGCUGCGCAGACAUGGAGCUGGACGUGGAAAAGGCCAAGGAGCUCAUCGACCAGAAGCUGGCGGAGGAGGAGGAGGAGGAGAAGAGGCUGAAGGGCGAUGGCCCGCGGGAGCCGCCAGCCGUGGAGCGCAUGAGCACGCCAGAGCUGGAGGAGGAGAAGCGGCAGGGCCCUCGGAACAGGGGCAUCGAGGCCAUCAAGGGCCAGGAGCGGGCGCGGAGGAGCUCGGUGGACCUGCGCCGGGAGAUCAUCGACGUGGGGAGCAUCCAGCGCCUCAUCGAGCUGCGCAAGCAGCGCCGCAAGCGCCGGGAGGAGCGGGCGGCCACCCCCGAGCCCCCGCCACCGCCGGAGCCCCUGGAGAUCGAGGGUCCCGUGGAGCCGGAGACCUUCCUGCGAGCUGCCGUCCAGGGCAAGAUCCGCGUCAUUGAGAAGUUCCUGGCAGACGGUGGCCCCCCGGACACGUGUGACGAGUUCCACCGCACGGCCCUGCACCGCUCCUCGCUGGAGGGCCACACGGACAUCCUGCAGAAGCUGCUGGACAGCGGGGCCACCGUCGACUUCAGGGACCGGCUGGACUGCACCGCCGUGCACUGGGCCUGCCGGGGGGGGCACCUGGACGCCGUGAAGCUGCUGCAGGACCGCGGGGCAGACCUCAACCUGAAGGACAAGCUGCUCAGCACCCCCCUGCACGUGGCCACCCGGACCGGGCACCCCGACAUCGUGGAGCACCUGAUCCACUGCGGGGUGGACAUCAACUCCCCGGACAGGGAGGGGGACACGGCGCUGCACGACGCCACGCGCCUCAGCCGCUACAAGAUCAUCAAGAUGCUGAUCCUGCACGGGGCCGACAUGAUGGCCAGGAACCAGGCCGGCAAGACCCCGACGGAGCUGGUGCAGCAGUGGCAGACGGACACGCGCCAGGCACUGGAGACCAAGGAGCAGCCGCAGGGGGAGGCCGAGGUCCCCGCGUGAUGGCACCGGGCAGGGACCGGGGCUGGGCUCGGCGCCAAGGAGCGGGACCCAGCUGAGUCAGCCGUGUUAAUAAAGCCAGCACAGAGCAGA